AUCAUCAUCAUCAUCAUAAUCACUUAGACCCAGCUGAUUCCACGCGAAUUUCUUGCACUAAAAAUCAUCAAAAAAACACAAGAAAAACAAUAGAACCUAGGGAAGACACAUCAACAAGGGUGGAGACAUGUCAGGCCCUGGGUUCAUCUGUAUUGGGUUAGGGCUUCCCGUCCCGUGACGGAAGGUUUGCCUUAAAUUCGAUGACUUCCGAAGACCUGUCUCAAAGAAAUCCAUUGUCUUUCACACGUGAUGGGUUCCUGCUGUCGCUGUGAAAUAGUUUGGAAGUUACAGUUUCAACAUGAGAUUUCUUAAGGACCCCGUGUAGAGACGCCACCUUGAGCAGCUGCAGCUCCAGCAUCAUUCAUCCAAGGUGGACUUGGAGCCUUGGGCCUCACCCACAUUUGCCGAAUGUGAUGGACCAUCCAAUAGAGAUAGAGACUGCCCACAAAGCCAAGGCCGAGCAGGAUGCAUAUUUCAAGCUGAGGAGGCGAGUGCUGAAGGUCAUCAUGGGUGCCUGGGGGUCAGACUUUGCUGCCUUGGAUUUCAACUUUGCUUCUGAUGCUCCAGUGGUGUGCCCUUUGUGCCCCAAGAGCUUCACAGUGACCCAGGACUGCAAAUUUCUCUUGCAGCAUCUUCUGGAAGCUCACCACCUCAUCAUUGGGGAGGUGGAGCAGGUGGCUGAUCUCAGACAAUACAUCCUGUACUGGGGAAAGCUGCAUCACCUGAAGUUGCAGGACUACUGUGUGGUAUUCAGCACAUCCAGUGAACCUGGUGUUCCUGCUGUUGAUUCUUCUCCAGCCGACACUUAUUACCUCCUCUGUGACAAGUUACCUGAGGACUUCAAGUUGAGGCGCUCAUUAAUGCAAAUGAAACUGAAACAUGUGGUGGAACAAAAGGAGAAGGAACGUCAAGAUGUGAACUUUUCUCGCCAGUGUAUUUACUGCAGUGAGAUAGUGACAGGGGGUGUAACCAACUGUUUCCAGCACUUGACUCACCAACACAGCUUUUUCCUAGGCAAUCCUGACAACAUAGUGUUUGGGGCUCAGCUCUUGGAUAUUCUUCAUGAAAAAUUGAGAAAUUUGCAGUGUUUGUGUUGUGAGAAAAUCUUUAAGACACACAAAAUGCUGCGAGAACACAUGAGGAAGCAACAGCACCGUUGCCUCAACCCUAAAAACAAAGUUUAUGACAAAUUUUACCUCCGAAACUACUUGAGGCCAGGAAUGCCUUGGGAGGAGACGAAACGGAAUCUGGAUGAAGAGAGUGACACAGAAAGUCUGAGUGAGGAUGGUGGCCACGCUGUGAAGUUUCAGGAAGAGCCAGAAUGGACUGACUGGCUGGAAGUCAAUAUUCACCCCACCACCUGCCUCUUCUGCUCCUUCACCACUACAAAGGUUCCUGCAGGUCUGUUCAGCCACAUGAAGGUUCACCACAACUUUGACUUCCAGCAGAUCACACACAACUUCAACUUUUAUCAGAAAGUAAAAGUUGUCAACUACAUCCGAUGUUGUAUGUUGGAGUUGCAGUGUUUGCAAUGCCAGAGUGUGUUUGCCUCCUGUGAGGCCUUGCAGGAGCACAUAAGUGACUAUACACACUGCAGACUUCCUAAUCCACUUGUUUGGGACUUACCACAGUACCACAUCCCAGUGUGUGACAAUGAUGGUCUGUUGCAACACCUGGAGGAUGGUGAGAUGGAUGAGCCACAAGGCUCCUUAACAAGUGUGGCUGACCAGGUGGUCUACCCUGAAGACUUACAGCCACUCAAUGACUCCAUCCUACACAAUUCUUCUCUGCGAGAGGAGCUCACACAGACUGAGGACAAGGAAGUUGAUCUGGUGGUGACAUGUUUGUUCUGUUGCUAUACAGUACCUGGGGAGCAUGCCCAUCUGCUCAUGUAUGCACACAUGAGCACCUUACAUUGCUUUGACUUCCCAGAGGUGGUGAGCGGCCUGUCCUACUACACGCAGGUGAAGCUGAUCAACUACAUGAGGAGAAAGACGGCCCAGAAGGAAUGCCAUGUGUGCAGUCAGGUAUUCCAAGAUCGAGGAGCCUUGGAGGAGCACCGAGUCUUGGCCAGCCAUACAUCCCUGCCUCCUAGUCAUCUCUUUCAAGAUCAGAGCUGGCUGAAACCCAUAUUGGAAGGGGACGGCCUGUUGCAGAGACUGAGGGAGGAUGGGGACUCAGAUGAUGAGGAUCCAAGUGUGCCAGACUCAUCAAGGGAAGAGGUUAUGUUUGGGGAGGAUGUAGAACUUCCACAAUUGACCAGCCAGCUCCAGGCUAUCACUCUGGAACUGCUCAAGAAUGAUGACUCCUGACACUCCUGUACCUCAUGCUAAUGGUAACAGCCUUGAAGAAAAUAAUUUCUAUAUUUACUUGCUGUUUUCAUAUCAUAGUUGUGUUCUCUGAGUGAAUUAUAGUAACUGUCCUCAAGUGGAUCACAAAAAAUUAUAAAGAAGUAUAAAAUAAAUAGUUUAUUAUA